AUGGGGUGGGGGGUGACGGAGGAGCAACGACGUACGGGAGUUUGUGGGGUUGGUGGUUGGGUGCAAUGGAAUGGUCUCUGUGCUGGAAGAGAGGGGAACAGAUGGCUAGGGUUGGGUUUGAUUUGUGUAAAAGAGAUCUUGAUUGAGGAAUCAAAUGUGCAGCCUGUCAAUAGUCCUGUUACAGUGUGUGGUGACAUCCAUGGCCAAUUCCAUGACCUGAUGAAACUGUUCCAGACUGGAGGUCAUGUUCCAGAGACAAAUUAUAUUUUUAUGGGAGAUUUUGUUGAUCGUGGGUACAAUAGUCUAGAAGUUUUCACGAUUCUUUUGCUGCUCAAAGCGAGAGAUGGGAGCCUUGACCCUGUUUCCAUUCAAAAGGUGAAAGAGAAGGUCAGCCGGGCUGAAGAGUAA